AUGUCCAGCACCAGGCCUGACCUCAAGUUCACGGACACCGUGGAUGAAAGACUGUACUACCGCAAGUAUGCCAGCUUGCCCCCUAAAGAUGCCUCCACCAUCCGUAUCAUCGACCACAACAACAAGGACUACUUCACAGUGUUGGACCAGGAUGCAGACCUCAUAGCCGACUCCAUCUACAAGACGCAGUCGGUGAUUAAGUACAACAACUCCAACAAGAACAGAUACGUGACUAUCUCGCCUCAAGUGUUCACCAACAACGUGUUGCGGUUCUGCAUCAUCGAGAGACACUUGAAGGUGGAGGUCUACAGCAACAAGACGUUCGAGCUCAUUUGCGUGGGAACGCCAGGCAACCUAGAGAGCCUAGCCAACGAAUAUGGAGUCAAUUUGGAGGGCAUGUUCCAGGACUGCUCAAACCCCAUUGUGGGAGCCAUCAAGUUCCAACAGGCAGGGGCCGCCAAGAAGAUCGGGGUGUGCUUUGUGGAUAACUCGGACUCGCGCAUCCAUAUGUCGGAGUUCGAUGACAACGACUUGUUCUCGAACCUCGAGAGCUUGAUCUUGCAGGUAGGGGUCAAGGAGAUCGUGCUACCCUCCAACUACCAACCAGGGCAGACCGACAACGAGGUCACCAAGUUGUACCAAGUAUUGGACAAGAUCGGGGGCAUCGUGGUCAGCACGGUCAAGUCAUCGUUCUUCUCCAGUAAGGACAUUGAGCAGGACCUAGCUAAGAUCGUGGUUUCUGACACCCACAAAGAAGGAGAGGAGACCAACAUUGAGUUAAUCUUAGCCUCCAAGGGCAUCAGCUCUGCAGACCACGUCUUAUCCUUGUCUUGUUGCAAUGCACUCAUAAACUACUUGGAAUUGUUGGGCAGCGAGGUUUCCAGCUCCUUCACAAUUGAUCAAUACAAUUUGACUUCGUUCAUGAAGCUAGACUCUUCUACAAUGAAGGCCUUGAAUAUAUUCCCAGCCUCGUCCGCGCCAUCAGCUGCCAUGUCGUCUUACUCCACCACUUCCACUGUCAGCUCAAUUUUCGAGCUUUUGAACAAAUGCAAGACCACUGCAGGCUCUAGAUUGUUAUCACAGUGGUUGAAACAGCCCUUGACUAAUUUGACUAAGAUCGAGGAAAGACAACAGUUGGUUCAUCACUUGAUUGAGGAUACAAACUUGAGAAUUUAUGUCUCCCAAGACUGGUUGCCACAAGUUCCAGAUAUCAAGAGGUUGACCAAGAAGAUAUCCAACGGGCUCAACAAAUCCGUGUCAAAUGAGAACAAGAAGUUAGAGGAUGUAAUUAGAUUGUACCAAUUGGUUCUUGUCAUUCCUAACUUGGUGGAAAUGUUAAAAAUGACUGCAGAAGAAUUGAAAGAGACCAACACGGACGAGAGUACUCAAAUUGCUCAACUAGUGGAACAGUAUUGGCUCAAUCCUAUUACCAACAAUUAUACUUCGCUUUUGAAAUUCAAGGAGCUUAUUGAAACUACAAUUGACUUAUCACCAUUGGAAUCCACUUCCACCCAUGAUCUUCUCAAUACCGAUUUCAAUAUUAAACCCGAAUUCGACGAAUCGUUAAUCGAAAUCAAUGAUAAGUUACAAGGAACAUUGGCUGAGAUCAAAAAUCUCCAUAACGAAGUUGCAGACGAUCUCAACAUUGAUUUGGAUAAGAAGUUGAAACUUGAAAAACAUGUACAACACGGAUGGUGUUUCAGAGUCACGAGAAAUGAUUCCGUAGUGUUGAGAAACACUGGUAAUAAAUACAAGCAACUACAGACUGUGAAAGCAGGUGUGUUUUUCACUACUACCCAGUUGUCCUCCUUAUCAGAAGCAUAUUUGGAAGCAUCAGCCGAAUACAAUCAGAAGCAACGUGAAUUGAUAAAGGAAAUUUUGUCUAUCACCUUAACAUACAAUCAAGUAUUCUUGAACCUUUCUUUAUCAAUUGCAAACUUGGAUGUAUUGAACAGUUUCGCCAAUGUUGCCAUUUUUGCUCCUACCCCCUUUGCAAGACCAAAGUUACAUCCAUUGGCUCUGAGUAAUGACAGUCCAGAGUUUGCUAACAGAAGAAUCCAACUUGAGCAAUCUAGACACCCAAUUCUUGAAGUUCAAGACGAUAUCAACUUCAUAGCUAAUGAUGUCCAUCUCUCCAACGCACCCGAAGACAAAGGCAAAGCUUUUGCAAUCAUUACCGGUCCAAAUAUGGGAGGAAAGUCUACCUAUAUUAGACAAAUUGGUGUUAUUUCUUUAAUGGGUCAAGUUGGUUCAUUUAUUCCUGUCAGCGAAGAAAAUGCCACUCCAGAACUCCCUAUUUUUGAUGCAAUCUUAUCUAGAAUUGGGGCUGGAGAUUCCCAACUAAAGGGCUUGUCCACCUUUAUGAUUGAGAUGUUGGAAACAUCGUCAAUCUUGGCAACUCUGACUCACAACUCAUUAAUUAUCAUCGAUGAAUUGGGUAGAGGUACAUCAACAUAUGAUGGUUUUGGUUUGGCAUGGUCAAUUCUGGAACAUUUGAUCACUCAAAAGAACUGCUUCACUUUAUUUGCAACCCAUUUCCAUGAGCUCACCGAGUUAUCGUCCAAGUAUUCCGAUAAAGUAGAAAACCUUCAUGUUGUGGCCCAUGUUGAGAAGGAAAGCGAUUCUAAGGAGGAUGACAUUACAUUGAUGUACAAAGUUGAACCCGGUAUUUCGGAUAAGUCAUUCGGAAUUCAUGUUGCUGAGCUAGUCAAUUUUCCAUCUAAGAUCAUCAACAUGGCAAAAAGGAAAGCAUCCGAGCUUCAAAGCUCCAACUUGAAUGAAGAAGAUAAAUUCAUUCAAAAUAAGAAAACGAAAUGUUCUCAAGAAGAAAUCAAUGAGGGCGUUGGCCACUUGAAGAGCAUUUUGAAGAAAUGGAGAACAGAGUGUUAUGAUGAGAACACAAGGACACUUAAGCUUGAUAGUGCAGGUUGCGUCGAAAAGUUGAAGAGCAUGGUUGAAAGUGACUUCAAAGACUUGAUCAAGGAAGACAAGUUGAUCAACGAAGUAAUGACCAUGUUGUAA